CCUCGCGUUCCCCGGCUUUCUCACCCUUUCCGUCGAACAGUAUAGCAAAGAUGGCCGACGAAUUUGACCAGGAGUCUGCUGCGGACAUCAAGAAGAAGAGGACUUUCCGCAAGUUCACCUUCAGGGGCGUUGACCUCGACCAGCUUCUCGACCUCUCCAGCGAGCAGCUUAUGGACAUCGUCCAUGCCCGUGCUCGCAGAAGGUUCCAGCGCGGUCUUAAGCGCAAGCCUAUGGGCUUGAUCAAGAAGCUCCGCAAGGCCAAGAAGGAAGCCCCCGCCGGCGAGAAGCCCGACGUUGUCAAGACCCACCUCCGUGACAUGAUCAUUGUCCCCGAGAUGAUUGGCUCCGUCGUUGGUGUCUACAACGGAAAGACCUUCAACCAGGUUGAGAUCAAGCCCGAGAUGAUUGGACACUACCUCGGCGAGUUCUCUAUCUCAUACAAGCCCGUCAAGCACGGUCGUCCUGGUAUUGGUGCUACCCACAGUUCUCGUUUCGUUCCCCUCAAGUAAAAACUGGGAAAACGGACGAGCGACUUGCCCUUAUUGUAUAUGUUACUUUUUGUGCGGUAGUAAUCAACAAACACACACGAAUCCAUCAUCUCCAAUUUUGCCC